UCGAGUAAGUUUCACAAUUUCGUUGAAUCUUGUUUAAUAAAAGAUUAUACUCAACGCCACAACACUGAACAAUUACUCAAACAUCCAUUCAUACGUGAUCAACCUACAGAACGACAAGUUCGAAUUCAACUUAAAGAUCAUAUUGAUAGACAUAAGAAGAAUAAAAAGAGUAAGUUUUAUAUUUUUUAG